AUGGAGUCAUCUGGUCAUAAACAUGAUGAUGGUAGGCAAAAUUUGGCAACAGAAAGGUUAAAGGGGAAAGUUGCGGUUGUAACCGGUGGAGCAAGGGGAAUCGGAGGUGCAACAGCAACAAUACUGGCUGAGAAUGGCGCUCAUGUUAUAGUUGCUGAUGUAUUGGACGAUGCUGGUGAAAGUCUUGCCAAGUCUAUUGGGGGUCUUUACAUACACUGUGAUGUCUCUAAAGAAUCCGAUGUCGAAUCUGCUGUUCAACUUGCUCUAUCUUGGAAAGGAAAACUUGAUAUCCUCUUCAACAAUGCUGGAAUUAUUGAUAAUGGAAGGAGCAUCACGAAUCUUGAAAUGGAAAAGGUGGCAACCCUAAUUAACGUUAACAUAAAAGGCGUUAUACAUGGGAUAAAACACGCUGCAAGAGCGAUGAUUUCAGUUGGUAACGGAGGUUCCAUCAUUUGUUCAUCAAGUUCAGCUGCAAUCAUGGGAGGCCUUGCAUCGCACGCAUACACGGUAACCAAAGGAGCCAUUCUUGCAGUAUCAAAGAGCGCAGCCUGCGAGUUAGGAGUUCAUGGGAUUCGCGUCAAUUGUGUCUCACCACACGCCAUCCCAUCAGAGAUGCUCGUGAAUGCAUAUCGAGACCAUUUAGGGAAACCGAAAAUGACCAUGGAAGAAGUUAGCAACAGGAUAGUUGAAUGUGGCAGUUUACUUCAUGGGAGAUGUGGAAGCAUGGACGAUGUUGCACAAGCUGUGUUAUUUCUAGCCAGCGAUGAAGCCGGAUUUAUAACCGGCCAUAAUUUGGUGCUUGAUGGUGGCUAUACUUCGUCUAAAGUUGAAAUGAGCUUCAUUUAUCGGCAUAAAUCAUAA